CUUCAAAAAUUUCCUUAGCCCCUCUUUGCUCGACACCAUAAUUAACCUACCUAGCCACUUUUCUCUGCGACACUCUCUGAGUCGCAGUCGGGUAAGUCAUCAAGCUGUCACUAUCUCGUAUUCUCCGCCCUCUUUCACGAGGUAUCUCUUUCCGAGCUUUCACCAUGGCCGCCCUGGAAUCCCAGAAGCUCUCUUCCACCGAGGAGACCGAAGUCCAGCAAUGGAUCACCACGUCCGAGCGACUCAAGAGCUCCCCAUCCGACACCUCGAUUCUGGACAAGCUUAACUCUCACCUAACCUCUCGAACCACCCUCCUCGGCACCAAGCCCUCCAAGGCCGACGUCGCCAUCUACGAGUCCCUAGCUCCUACCGUCAAGUCGUGGACCCCCGAGCAGCGCACAGGCGAACACGGCCAUCCUCAUAUCUUGCGACACCUCGACUUCGUCCAGAACUCCGGCGUCUUCGGUCUGAACGUCGGCGACGCGGAUAAGAUCAAGGUCGACCCCGAAGAGAUCCUCUACGUUAAGCCGCCCACUGAUGCCAAGGCGGAAAAGGAGCGCCUGAAGAAGGAGAAGGCCGCUGCCGCCGCCGCUGCUGCCGGUGGGGCUACUACCACACUUGUCGACCGAACGAAAGCAGCGGCAGAGACGGUUAAGGAGGCGGCAGUUGAGGCGAAGGACAAGGCCGCGGCAGCUGUCGGCGCCGCUACCGACAAGCCCAAGAAAGAAAAGAAAGAGAAGGCUCCCAAACCCCAGAAGGCCCCUGCCGCUCCUAAGACGCUGUCGCCCAAUCAGAUUGAGAUAAGGGUAGGCCAUAUUCUGAAGGCCAUCAAGCACCCGGAAGCCGAUAGUUUGUUCGUUUCGACGAUCGCCGUCGGCGACCCGGCUGGCUACGAGGAUACGACCGAGUAUGAGGGCCAGGUCUGCCGAACCAUCUGUUCCGGCUUGAACGGCGUGGUGCCCCUAGAGGAGAUGCAGAACCGCAGGGUUGUCAUCGUCGCCAACUUGAAGCCUGUCAAGAUGCGGGGAAUCAAGUCGUCUGGUAUGGUUCUGUGCGCGUCGCCAAGAUUAAAGGAGGGCGAAGUAGACGAUCACAAGGGACCGUUCGAACUCCUCGCCCCGCCUCCCGAUGCGAAGGUUGGCGAGCGCUUGACCUUCCAGGGUUAUGACGGCGAACCCGAGGGCAUUCUCAACCCCAAGAAAAAGAUUUGGGAGACGUUAUCUCCGGGAUUCAGUACGACGGAGAACUUGGAAGUUGUGUUUGACGGCCGCAUGGUUAAGGAGGCAGGCAAGGAGGAAGUAGGAAAGCUCAUUUCGGCUAGCGGAGGCGUAUGCACAGUUCAGAGCUUGAAGAAUGCCCCAGUACGAUAAUCAGAACCACUAACUACGAUUCCUUCUCCACC